AUGAAAAACAUGACUCUUGAACAGUUGCGUGGUAGAACGGGCGAACCAGCAAUGGAGGCGGUUGUCCGCGAAGACGGCGCCCCUCUUGACCCUGGGGUCCCCCCUGAGCUAGUCAUUCCCAUAUGGCUAGGCAUUGACAGUGACAAGGUGACCCUAGGAGACGCUAGUAUUAUGAUUGCAGACUUUGGCGAAGCGUUGGACCCCCCGAGAGUCGAAACAGUACACUGCUCAUACACCACCAUUACUCGCGCCGCCAGAAUCACGUUUCGCUGA